AUGGGGUCUUCUCAGUCAACUCCGAAGGUGCAAGACAAAGUCCUCAAUGAUUCCGAUAGAAUUCGUCAAGCUCAACAUCAUAUGGCUGCUGCAGGAGGAGGCUCCCAAUGCCCGCUUACUCCCGAACAACAACAACAACAUCAAGCUGUUUCCGGAGAAAGCUGUGGAAGUGCAAGUGGUGGAUGUCCUGUAGGCGCCGACAAAGGAGGCAUUAAUCCACUUAACAACGAACUCGAACAUCCUAACCAAAAGCCGGCCCCAGAUCAGCCAUUCCCACUUCCGACCAAAAGAGUUCAGUCAACUAUUCCAAAGGCUGGAACUGAAAAAGACACUUGGGUUUAUCCAAGCCCUCAAAUGUUCUGGAAUGCUAUGCUCAAAAAAGGAUGGAGAUGGCAAGACGAUGGACUCAGUCAGAAAGAUAUGGAGAACAUAAUCAGUAUCCAUAAUGCAAACAACGAAGAAGCUUGGAAAGAGGUUCUCAAGUGGGAAAACCUUCUCCAUCCAGAAUGCGCAGAGCCAAAGUUGAAGAGUUUCAAAGGAGAUGCUAAAAACAUUUCUCCACGAGCUCGUUUCCGUAAAUUGGUUCUCGGAUACGCGUAUCCAUUCGAUCGUCACGACUGGAUUGUCGAUAGAUGUGGGCAGAAAGAAGUACAAUAUGUCAUUGAUUACUAUGAUGGAGGAGCUGUCGAUCCAGAGUCAAAACUAUUCACAGUUCUUGAUGUACGACCAGCUAUGAAUUCCGUUGGAAACGUCUGGGACAGAAUGGUUGUCGCGUACUGGCGCUUCAAGUUUGAGACUCUCGGAAUGGCUCCAAACCUUCCAAUUCCACCAACUGAAGGACACAGUGUUAACCAUUAA